UUUGGGUGUAGUAGCGGAAAGAUGGCAGCCGACACAGGGCGAUACCGGAGCGCGGUGUCCAAAAGCAAAGACCCCUCGGGCUUAUUAAUCUCCGUUAUAAGGACCCUGUCGAGCAGUGACGAUGUGCAGGACCGGGAGACGGAGAAGAGUCGCCUGGAGGACGCCUAUGAGAAAUGUGACCGAGAUCUGGAUGAGCUCAUUGUUCAGCACUACACUGAGCUGACCACCGCCAUCCGCACCUACCAGAGCAUCACCGAGAGGAUCACCAACUCUCGCAACAAGAUCAAACAGGUGAAGGAGAACCUGUUGUCGUGUAAGAUGCUGCUGCACUGUAAGCGGGACGAGCUGAGGAAGCUGUGGAUUGAAGGGAUUGAGCACAAGCACGUCCUCAAUCUGCUGGACGAGAUCGAGAACAUCAAGCAGGUCCCUCAGAAACUGGAGACGUUCAUGACCAGCAAGCACUACCUGCACGCCACUGACAUGCUGGUGUCUGCGGUGGAGUCUCUGGAGGGGCCUCUGCUACAGGUGGAAGGCCUUGGCGACCUGCGUCUGGAGCUGCACAGCAGGAAGCUGAACAUUCAUGUAGUGCUGAUUGAUGAGCUGCACCGCCACCUCUACAUCAAGUCCACCAGCCGUGUGGGCCACCGGGGCAAGGACAAGGACAAGGGCCGGCUCGGAGGGUCUACUCCAAAGGACUCGUCUGUUUUGGACGUCAGCAGCCUGUCCACUCCGCGUAAACUCAUGGAGCCCUCUCAAUUCAGCACUCCAGGAACAUCAACCAUUCGAGAUCUCGAGGAUUUGGAGGGAGACCCAGAAGAGAACAGCGCCGAGUUCAUGGGAAUACUGAUCCAGGCUUUGGCCAAACUUAAGAAGAUCCCGGAGACCAUUAAUGCCAUCUUGGAGCGCCUAGAGCCAGAACUCAAACAGAUCCUGAAGAGAUCCACCACCCAGAUUGCAGACCAGAUUGCUUACCAGAAAGGAGAAGGCCUGGUGCAGGAGAACCAGCCGAGGUUGCUGCUGGAACUGCUCGAGCUGCUGUUUGACAAGUUCAACGCCGUGGCGACGGCUCACAGUAUUGUUCUGAGCCAUCUGCAGCAGAUUGUGGUGUCUCCCAACGGAGCCCAGGAGGGCAUCAAACUUUACGAGCAGGCCGACGUCUCCGCCAAGAUCCAGACUGUGCUGCAGGUGCUGCUGAUGGACUACCUGGAUGUGAAGAACACUCGCAGUGCUGCCGAACCCUCUGCUCAGCUUUCUUAUGCCAGCACCGGAGGUGACUUCGGAGCCUUCUUCGCCAAGAAGAAACCACUUCGGCCCAAACAGUCGCUCUUCAAGUUUGAGUCUUCGUCCCACGCCAUAAGCAUGAGCGCCUACCUGCGAGAGCAGCGACGGGAGCUCUACAGCAAGAGCGGAGAGCUACAAGGAGGAGCAGACGAUAACCUGAUCGAGGGAGGCGAGACUAAGUACCUGUGUAAGCCAGGAGCCAGGAACAUCACAGUCAUCUUUCAGCCGCUGCUCAGGUUUAUUCAGGAGGUGGAGUUGAGCAUGGGGCCGGGCAAGCAGUGCCAGCUUCACACCUUCCUCACCUACUACAUCAACGACCUGUUCCUCAACCAGGUGCGCACCGAGACCAAUAAGGAGAUCGAGGCCGUCACUAAAGUGGCUGACCCGCUCAAGAUCCUGGCCAGUGCCGACACCAUGAAGAACCUGGGCGUUCAGAGACCUCUGCUGCAGAGCACUAUAAUAGUGGAGAAGUCCAUCCAGGAUCUGAUGAGCCUGAUGAAGGAUCUCAGUGCAUACUCCAACCAGUUCCUAGAGAUGAUCUGUGACAAGCUCAAAGAAUACAAAGAGAUUUGUAACACCGCCUACAGGGGUAUCGUGCAGUGUGAGGAGAAGCUGACCAUCAGUGCGUCCUGGGCCAAAGAUGAGGACAUCAGCCGCCUGCUGCAGUCGCUGCCCAACUGGGCCAACAUGGCUCAGCCCAGACAGCUUCGACAGAAGAGGGAGGAUGAGGAGGACUUUACUCGAGCGGCCUUUGCUAAGGAGUCUGAGGUAUUGACUGGCAACCUGGGAGACAAGCUGAUCCCUCAGAACGAAAUUCUUCGGGAUGUGAGUGACCUGAAGGCCCUGGCUAACCUGCAGGAGAGCAUGGAGUGGCUAGCUGCUCGCCUCAAAGGCUUCUUCUCCAAUCUGCCACAAAGUUCCAGUGCAUCUCCGGGCUCAGACACCCAGGUGAGCAGUCGAGAGCACAUCCUGCAAACCCUCUCCGACCUUUCCAGGUCCUUCCAGGACAUUGCUGACCGCUGCCUGCUCGUGCUGCACUUAGAGGUCAGAGUUCACUGCUUCCACCACCUCAUCCCGCUGGCCAAGCAGGGCAACUACGCCAUCGUGGCAAACGCCACCAGCAUGGACUACGACCCCCUGGUGGUCAAGCUCAAUAAAGACAUCAGUGCCAUCGAGGAGGUGAUGGGGGCCGCGCUGCAGCAGCACAAGUUCCAGUACAUCUUCGAGGGUUUGGGCCACCUGAUCUCCUGCAUUCUGAUCAACGGGGCUCAGUACUUUAAGCGCAUCAGUGAGUCUGGCAUUAAGAAGAUGUGCAGGAACAUCUUCGUGCUUCAGCAGAACCUCACCAACAUUACCAUGUCGCGGGAAGCGGACCUGGACUUUGCGAGGCAGUACUAUGAGAUGUUGUAUAACACGGCUGAUGAGCUGCUGAACCUGGUGGUGGAUCAGGGUGUGCGAUACACAGAGCUGGAGUACAUCAACGCACUCAGCCUGCUGCACCGCAGCCAAACAGGCGUUGGUGACCUGACGGUGCAGAACAUGCGUUUACAGCGCCUCAAAGAGAUCAUCUGUGAGCAGGCAGCCAUCAAACAGGCCACCAAGGACAAGAAGAUCACCACCGUAUAGACCCGCCGGCACCUCAACAAAGACACUUUACACUAAAGGCAUCCAGUUCUGGUCCUGGAAGCCUGACGUCCAGCACAGUUUGAUGAUUUUGCUGUUUAAACAUGCCUACUAACAAAAGUCAGUCGCAAAGGUUUGAAUAUCUCUCGUGUGAAAGUGAAAUAACUUGAAUAAAUCAAAAUUGUGCACUAAAAUCUGAAGGAUGAUGUAUUUAAAGGGCUCAUAUCAUGGAAAUUGACAUUUUCCUCAUUUUGUUUCAAAUAAGUUAUUAAGUUAACAUUUUACUGUAGGGCAGUGUUCAUAAGGCUUCAUAACACCCACAUAAACCUGUCAAGACAACUGACAUAACCCUUUAUAAAUGUUCAUAAAUGCUUAAUCCAACAGGUGUCAUUCACUGUAAAGGUUAUAUUUGCUACUUUUGAUCGAAGACACCUAAAGUAGCCUUUAUGACAGAUGACACCUGUUGGAAUAAGCUUUAAUAGACAUUUUCUUAGGAGUAUGUCAGUUGUUAUGACAAGUUUAUGUAGGUAUUAUGAAGCCUUAUGAACAGCACCCUACAGUAAAGUGUUAACGAUAGUUAGAUGUAGUGUGCAAACACUGUGUGUCGUUCCCUCGCCGGUCCAUCCGACCAUAUACACAAACAAAACUGCAAAGAAACAGUCCCUUCUGAUUUGUUUUUGUGAUGUCACAAAAACUAAGACAUUUACAUAUACCUACCUAUUCAGUCUAUAACAGUUUAGCUCUGCCUGUUCAUACA